AUGUCAAGCACAAGACCCAUAAAAACAUCUCGACAAAAGCGUCCACAUAACCCAAAUUGGCGUGAAGAUUUUUACCGCAAUGGUCGUCCAGAUGAGAAGGAAGUAAUAGUAAUCUCUGAUUCUCCGACGCCUCCACUUUCAAGUACUCGACAGCGACCAGCACAAAUGGAAGCAAGAGGAAUGAAAAGAAAUAGGAGGACACCUUUGUUGAGUAAUAAUAAAUCAGCGCAGGUGUUACAUCAGCAAACAUCUGCGUCAGCACAUAAACGGCGGCGAAGGGGAGAAUAUCGAGACCAUUCUCAUUACAACGAUACAGCCUAUCGCUCAUAUAUUUCAACAAGUUCACAUGCCUCGGGACGUUAUCGAGAGCCAAUUUCUACCAGAGAGUCCCGUUCAUCUGCAGCUUCAUCACGUCAAGCAAUACCAAGCUAUGAUGAUAAGGACGGUCAUUACAUUGUCAAAAUCGGUGAUGAAUUAGGGAAUAAAUAUCAAAUAACUCACUUGUUGGGACAAGGAACUUUUGGAAAAGUAGUUCAAUGUUGGGAUCGUGUUAGCAACCGUCAUGUUGCAAUUAAAAUCAUUCGCGCCGUACAAAAGUAUCGUGAUGCGAGUAAGAUUGAAAUUCGUGUGCUUAACACUUUGAGAGAUCGAGAUCCUGCAAAUGUGCAUAAAUGUAUUCAUCUUAGAGAAUGGUUCGAUUAUCGUAAUCAUAUAUGCAUGGUUUUCGAUUUAUAUGGAUCGUCUCUAUUCGACUUCCUGAAACACAAUGAUUUUAAUCCUUUGCCGAUGAAUCAAAUUCAACAUGUUUCGAGACAAUUGCUUCAUUCCGUUGCCUUCUUACAUUCUUUACGACUGGUACAUACCGAUUUAAAACCAGAAAAUAUUUUAUUGGUCAAUGAUCAAUGUAGAACAGUUCCAUCAAGGAGAUCGCCGGGGAAGUCUCGACGCAUACUGUUGGAUACAGAUAUACGAUUGAUUGACUUUGGUAGCGCUACAUUUGAUGAUGAAUAUCACUCUUCGGUAGUGUCUACCAGGCAUUAUAGGGCGCCUGAGGUUAUACUAGGAUUGGGCUGGUCAUAUGCUUGCGAUCUUUGGUCUAUUGGAUGCAUUCUUGUAGAAUUGUUCACAGGUGAAGCCUUAUUUCAAACUCAUGAAAAUUUAGAGCAUCUGGCAAUGAUGGAACAUGUACUUGGUAAAAUUCCUGAAAGGAUCGUUCGGCAAAUGUGUCGGUUACUUAAUUAUCCCAAUGAUGAUACAACCAAACAAAGCCGUAAAUAUGUUAAGUCGUUGCAUACCUUAGAAGAAGUUAUCGAGCCUAGAAGAUCCACUUUUAGAGAGCAGUUUUAUGACCUUUUACAACGUCUGUUGCUUUACGACCCAGAAGAACGGAUCUCUGCACGUGAUGCUUUAAGACAUCCGUUUUUUUACAUGACAUUUGAUGAAGAGGGUAGACAGAUUCGCUGA